AUGGUCGCGACGAGCAGCGAGGGCGGUGCGACGACGACGUGUGCCUCUGCCCGUCGAGUCACCGCCCACCGCCUCUGGACUUCGGUCCUCGCCCUUUCGGCUCCCUUUCUGCCCGCGGCAGCGGUGGCAGCUGGCAAUAGCAAUGGUAGAGCAGAUGCCCAAGCUGUCCUGCCCAUCGAUGCGCCAGCCAUCCCGCCGUUGAUGCCAGAGCCCCCCGCUCCCGCCGAGCACGUCUUUACUCUCCGUCACAUCUUCCACCACGGCACUUACAAACAUCCAGGGCUCCACCGCAAGCUUGAUAUCCCAAAGUCCUAUGCCCAAACACUAUGGCUGAAAGCGGAAGAUGGCUAUGACGCCAUGCCGAUCGGGCCGCUUCGCGCCCGUAGCAACAGCGUACAGAUUCAGCGCUUGGCGGACCGGAGACCCAGCGUGGUCGACCCCAUGGUGGCCGAGGCCCGCCAACGGGGCUAUGUGUCAGUGAUGUCGCCGUCGGCAUGGCGUCUUGAUACCGUCCCUGGCCCGAACGUCACCGACAAGGAGACCAUCUUGAGCCUGGCGUACAUGUCGGCCGAUGCCUACGUUCAGACUCCGAAUGAGGCCGAUUGGGAGGAUGUCGGAAGCGGCUUCAACCGCAGUGUAGACUUCGGCUGGCAGAGUGACGGUCUGCGCGGCCAUGUCUUUGCCGAUGAAACAAAUUCGACUAUUGUCAUUGGUCUCAAGGGCACAUCACUUGCCGUCUUUGAUGGCGACGGCACCAGUACUAAUGACAAGGUGAACGACAACCUCUUUUUCAGCUGCUGCUGUGCCCAGCAGGGUCCCUGGACUUGGCGGCAAGUGUGUGACUGCGCCACGGGCACUUACACAUGCAACAACACGUGCGUUCGCGAAGCGCUGAGGCAAGAGAACCGCUACUACCAGGCAGCGCGUGAGCUGUACUCGAAUGUGACUGAGCUAUACCCAAACUCCAACGUCUGGAUUACUGGUCACUCACUUGGCGGCGCGGUCAGCUCGUUUCUGGGUCUCACAUAUGGUGUGCCGGUCGUGACCUUCCAGGCGGUGCCUGAGGCGCUCCCGGCCAGCCGUCUGGGUCUCCCGGUUCCUCCCGGUGCUGACCCCAACCAUCCUCAGAUGCGCAACUACACUGGCGCAUUCCACUUCGGGCAUACAGCCGACCCAGUGUACAUGGGCACCUGCAACGGGGCAACCGCGUCAUGCUCGUUCGGCGGUUAUGCCAUGGAGACAACCUGCCAUACCGGCAUGGAGUGCGUGUACGAUACUGUCGGCGACAAGGGCUGGCGUGUGGGCAUUGGCACGCACAAGAUCCGGGCGGUGAUCCAGGAUGUGAUUAUGAAGUACGACACGGUGCCCGAGUGCAAGCCCACGCCCGAGUGCAGGGACUGCGGCAGCUGGAAGAUGUAUGAGAGCAACGGCACCGAGACGACGACUCGCUCCAGCUCCACGAGCAUGGCCACGAAGACGCGGACUCGCACGGAGACGUGCAAAACGCCGGGUUGGUGGGGUUGUCUGGAUGAGACGACUACGACGGGGGAGGUAACCAAGCCGCCUACUACUACUACUACUACGACGACGACGACGACGACGACGACGACGACGACGACGACUUGUCAUACUCCGGGCUGGUUUGGCUGCAAAGACAAGACCACGACCGAAACGACCACCAGCACGACCUGUCUGACACCUGGUCGCUUCUGGGGCUGCUACGACGAGACGACGACAACUGCCGCCUCGACCAUCACGACCACACGCCCGCUCGAUUCAACCAUUACCCCUCCCCCAGCCGUGCCCACGACCACAUCUACACCGACCACGACCGAGGAGCCCCCAGCAUCCUCGACGUGUGUUGAGCGCACGUGGUAUGGCGUCUGUAAGGAGUGGGAAGAGGUCGACCCGACCCCAACAAAGGUGCCCGAGCCGUCGCAGACUUGCGUUGAGCGUACGUGGUGGGGCUGGUGCCGUGAGUGGGAAGGUGGCGAUGAGAUGGUGAGGAAGGAGGAUAUGUAA